CGCUAAAAACGGACCUUUUGAGCGCCAAAGAAGUCUUUUUAAAUUCUCUCUCUUUUCUGUCAGCUCUUUACUCUCUCUCUCUCUCUCUCACUUCCCCAUUUGAAGCUUCCUCUCUCUCUCUGUCUCUCCACAAUUUUGUCUCUGAAUCAGAGAGAUGCCUCUGAGCUCCGUCGAUGGACGGGGAGGCUAAUCUUCCGCCCCCACCACCACCGUCAGGACCCACCAGAACCAAUCUCCUCCGUCCGACCAACCCUGACUCCAAUCUCUCCCGUUCUUUCACUUCUACCUCUUCUUCUUCUUCCUCCUCCUCCUCCUCCUUCUAUUCGUCUUCUCCACCACAGGGCUUUCUCUGCCAUGUUCAAGCUGCCUUCAAGCGCCACCGUCCUCUCGGUAUGACACAGUCGAAUAACAUAAGGCCAAGGCGUAUUUUGGUUGCACAAAGAGGUACAUCGAAACAAUCGGCAUCAAAUCUGGGUCCUACAGUGGACCAAAAGGAGACCCAAGAUAAGGAUCGAGUUGCACAGACAGUGAAUACAGGUCCUGUUGUAAACGAAUAUAACGUAGAUGCAUCAAUCACACCGCCUUCCAUGCCUGUCACCAUUACAAAUACAUAUGAAGAGUGUGCUGCUGAUCCAUUUGACAUUCAGCAAGAUCAACCUAAAUCCUUUGCUGAUAACAAACACAACGACAUCAUUACUUCAUCUCUUGUAGAAUCUCAACAUGUUCCGUUGGCUGAUGGUCAGAACAAAGUCCACUUUUCAGUGGGAAACAAUGCUGGAUCGCUGGGGGCCGACGACCAAAUGGCCACUGGAACAGACAACUUAUUGUCUCAUAUGGGUUCACUUUCAUUGACAGAAAUGGAAUGGGAUGAUCAACCCAGUGCUGCAACUGCUAUAAGUCAUGACUUGAAGCAGCAGAAUCUUCACAACAUAGCAGCAGAUGUAAGUUUGAGGUCUGAUGGACCAAAUUGUUCUUUGUUGGCAAAGACAACAAUUGAACACCAGGAUCAGCUGCAUCAAUUCAGAAACACUUCGCACGGUGACUUGAGCCACCCUAUGACUCAAUCUUCAGUUGCUGGGUUAUCUUGUGCUACCACAACAUUAGUCAAUUCAGUUUCUGCUCCCAUGCUUAAUUCAACGGCGUAUUAUUCGCAUCCUCAUCAAAAUAGUAGGUCUAAUGUGGAUGUAGAAUCUUUGAGAGAUCACAAUGUCAGUUCCCAACCCAUUAAGGAAUUUGACCUGCCUAAGGAGCUGCAAGGCAGUGAGCCAAAGGAAAGUGACAAUCCAAAGGAUCCUUCCCCUCUUGAUGACAAAGGGAAAGGACUUGCAGGUGAUGCUACUGACUUACCAUCUCAGGCUUCCUUGUCCAAAAAUUUGUCUUCAGAUGUGAAGUUGGAACCUUCUAAAUCAGGAAAACAGGAAAAAAUUGCUAGUGGCAAAGUGGCACCCCAUAAAAGAAAUUAUGAUCCUGCCUUGUUUCUUAAAGUUAAUGGGAAGCUCUAUCAAAGGCUUGGGAAAAUAGGUAGUGGCGGAAGCAGUGAGGUUCACAAAGUCAUUUCAUCAGAUUGCACAAUUUAUGCCCUGAAAAAAAUCAAGCUUAAAGGUCGUGAUUAUGCUACUGCAUAUGGAUUUUGUCAGGAGAUUGAGUAUCUAAACAAGCUGAAGGGAAUGAACAACAUUAUACAACUCAUCGACUCUGAGGUGACAGAUAAGACUUUGCUCCAGGAAGUCAUGAGCAACAAGGAUGGUAGAGUUAAAGAAGAUGGGUAUAUAUACAUGGUGCUUGAAUAUGGAGAAAUUGAUUUGGCUCACAUGCUUUCCCAGAAGUGGAAGGAAAUGGAGGGCACUAAUUUGACUAUUGAUGAGAAUUGGCUUCGGUUUUAUUGGCAGCAAAUUCUUCUUGCUGUUAACACCAUACACGAGGAACGUAUUGUGCACUCAGACUUGAAGCCGGCUAAUUUUCUUCUUGUCAGAGGUUCAUUGAAGCUAAUUGACUUUGGUAUUGCCAAAGCUAUAAUGAGUGACACGACUAACAUUCAAAGGGAUUCACAGGUGGGUACAUUGAGUUACAUGUCUCCUGAAGCUUUUAUGUGCAACGAAACAGAUGCAAAUGGAAACACCAUAAAAUGUGGUCGUGCAUCGGAUAUCUGGUCACUUGGUUGCAUCUUGUACCAAAUGGUAUACGGAAGAACACCAUUUUCAGAGUACAAGACUUUCUGGGCCAAGUUCAAAGUCAUAACAGACCCGAACCAUGAAAUUACGUACGAACCCGUAUCCAAUCCAUGGCUUGUUGAUCUGAUGAAGAAGUGCCUUGCUUGGGACAGGAAUGAAAGGUGGAGGAUUCCUCAACUCCUUCAACACCCUUUUCUUGUCCCCCCAAUCCCACCCCAAUUGUCUUGGCGUCGGGACCAAAACUGUAAAUUGCUUCAGUUGAUUGUUGAAUCUUGUGCUAAUAACCAGAAAGCCCUGAUGCUAUAUGGUCAGCUUGAGGAAUCACUAAUGGACCCCAGACCGGCAUUGGUAUCUCAGUUAUCCACAUCACUAGACCAACAACGCAAGUUGCUCUGUGAAAUUUCACAGAUUUGCUUCCAACUCCGGGAACAAUUAGCAGACCAAGUAAAAGAAUAGAUGAUUUAAGUCAAGAAAUUUUGGCAACACACCGAGUGAACAUUCACUCUGAUGUCUUGGAUUUAACAUUCGCUUUGUAUUCCUUCAAUGUGCAUACUGAAAAAGUUCCUUUUUUUUUUUUUUUUUUUUUUUUUUUUUCAGA